UUAUUUUAUUUUGUGUCAGGGAUUGCUUGGACGUGUUUUCCUUCCUUUUCUGUGGCCAAUCACUCACAAACGUUUACUGUCCCCAGUACAUUCCUGCUGCAUGAGGAAGUCUGUUUAUCUGCAGACAUGAAUGCUGAUCGGCAACUAAGAAGGUUGUGGGAUGCACACACACACACACACUAAAAAAAUUACGUGAAGCUAAAAGUAAGACACCAGAACACAGAGAAGGUAGAAUAGAGUCAAAUAUGUUUUUUAUUGUAAUUGUAGGAACAGCAUGCAACAUCAAUCAAAACAUUUAUAUAUGAAUACAAUCGCUGUUCAAUAAAAAUAGAGCGUAAUAGAAUAGAAUAGUAUUGAUAAUAGAUAGAUAGGAAAUUGGGGGUGGAGAUAUUUAAGAUCAAUUUAAAUAGAAAUGAAGAAAUAUGAAGAAAAAAAAGGUGGGUUUAAUAAAAGUGGACAGACUGAGGAACUAAGAGUUCUAGAGUGGCAUACGUAUUUGAUAGAAUAUGCAACCUGAGAGGUUGAGAAGAGACAUCCGGAUUUGCUGGUUGGACCGGAAAGGCCAGAGAAGGUGUAGGCUGCCUUCCGAGGCAUGACAGGUGUGGUGAGAGACAAACAAAAAACAGACAGGCACAGGGACGACAGGAGAGGGAGGAGAGGGCGAGGUGAAACCGUGACUUUUAAAAAAAGCAAUUACAGGCAAAGUGAGUAAACGUGAUAGAGGAGACUGUAAAGAAGUCACCAUCCCCAGUUUCAACUUCAUAUUUCUGGCUUGCCUUUGCAUCAGAGGUUGAGGUUACAGGGUUACAAGACAGCGACAGAGGGACAGAAAGAUGGCUGAGGCCCCGAGGAUUGAACUCUUUGUGAAGGCCAGUUUGGACACCGAGAGUGUGGGAAACUGCCCUUUCUGUCAGAGACUCUUCAUGAUCCUUUGGUUGAAAGGGGUCAACUUCACCCUCACUACCGUGGACAUGAAAAGGGCACCUGACGUGCUGAGAGCUUUGGCUCCCGGCUCUCAGCCUCCCUUCCUUCUCUACAAUGAUGAGGUCAAAACUGAUACCAACAAGAUUGAGGAGUUCCUGGAGGAGGCCUUAGCCCCACCACAGUAUCCAAAACUGUGCUGUCGAUACAAAGAGUCCAAUGGUGCUGGAGAAGACAUCUUCCGGACAUUCUCAGCAUAUAUAAAGAAUCCCAAUCCUCAUCUCAAUGACAUGCUUGAGAAGAAAUUUCUUUCCAGUCUGGUGCGGCUGAGCAAGUACCUAGAGACCCCUCUUCCUCAUGAGCUAGAUCAGAACCCAAAUGCCCAUGAGUCCUCGCGCUCCUUCCUGGAUGGCAACACCCUCACCUUGGCAGAUUGUAACUUACUUCCCAAACUCAACAUUGUUAAGGUGGUGUGUAAGGAGUACCGAAGCUUCAACAUUCCUAAAGACCUUCGUGGUCUGACACGUUAUCUGGAAAAAGCCUACGAAAAAGACGAAUUUAAACUCAGCUGCCCAAUGGACAAAGAGAUCCUCUAUGCUUAUGGUUCUGUGGCCAAAUACCUGGCACAUUAGACCAAGGGGGUAUGACCGAGCAGCAUUAUUAAGAGCAAAGAAGAGCAGGACUACAUAUGACAGAUGACAGAUAAACGGAGAAAAGGUGACAGAAAUGCCUUAAAUAAUGCAUGUGAUUUAGGUUUUGUGUCAAGUUUAAUAUGGAUACUAAAGAGAAAAUGUUUUUAGAUGGACAGCUCAGUGAUUGGUUUUGCAGUAAAAGUGCUGUUGUUAAUAAGGAGUUGAUGAUGUUUUGUAUUUAGUGGAUGAACUACUGCAUGCUCUAAUUGUACUGGAUUUCUUUUUUAAGCCCCCUGUAAGAGAGAGAAAAGCACUGUAUAUCCCACAAAUCUUUUUUUUUGGUGUCCAAUUUUGCAUGCGUGUAUUACGUCUAAGCUAUCAUUCAUCAUUGAUUGCAGUUAAUCAGUUAGUGUUUAGUGAAAAAAAACCACAACAUUAGUGUGAGAACAGAACUGUUUCAGAUUCUUAAUUGAUUGAAGAAAUAGAACAAUCUAAUUUAAUGACGAAUAAUGUUUAAAAAAGUAAGGGAAAUAAAUUACAUGCAGGUGAGACUUAUUAUAAAGCUAUUUUUUUUGCACAUGGGGAAUUGUAUAAGCAAAUAUAUAAAUCUUUACUUAUUAUCAUAUCGUUUUUUUCUGUUAGGAAAGUUGCAACACUUAAUACAUUGUUUUAGUGAAUGCAAAGGUGUGUAUACACUGUGUGUCUUUACCUGUGAUUAUAUGUCUUUUCUUUUACCUACUCACAAAAAUGUGUUACAUGAUAUGUUCCAGUGUGUCGCAAGAAAGUGUAAUAUAAUAAUGCCAAUUUAAUAAAAGCAUAAAAUAAAAA